UUUGAAGCUGUAACAGAGUUGUGGGGAGGGGGUUUCGAGAAGUCAGGGUGCAGUUCACGCUACCAACUUCUAACUUUGAUUAUCAGAUUGUCUAAUUAUCAUUUUUAGUUGUUUUUGAUUGCUUCCAUUACUAGACGUAAGUGCAUUCUACGUACCUACUGAGUCUUUUUGGCUUGCUUUUCUUCACGGUGUCUCAUCCAGAUUCUCAUACUGCUCCUCACACCCCCCAAUUUCAAUACGUACCCUCAGACUAGUCAAAAAGCUAUCAAGGACUGAACAUAACAGUUGUUUGCAACGAUGUAUUGGCGGCGUACUUACAAGGGAAAGAGCUGAGUCGUAGUACCAUUUUAUGUAAUGAAAACAAUUCAGCCACUUCCAAUGUAGGGCCAGCAGCUAUGGUUAGGAAUUAGCAUUGAGGAACACUUUGUAGGGAUGUGGGUUUCGUUUCAAAUCUCAAAAGCAUUUGUCACCCUGGAAAAAUCAGGUCUAAGGUUAUAUUCAUUUCAUUCACUAAUAAAUUCAGUCCUGAGAAAUUGUUCCCUAAACAUUAUCCGGCUUUGAUUUUGCAGGGUAAUUUUAAGUCACUUACUUUUGUUUCCUUAUUGUGGUCCUAUCAUUUUGACCUGAUAAAUCACAUAGUUAUGAAAAAAACGUCACAUUCUUGUACGUAUAUGCUUCUCUUGAAUAAAUCUUAAGACGAAACUAGUACCAUUAAUCUGUGAUCCUCUGAUUUAUGGUCGUGUCAUUUCAAAUUUCUAAUUCCGGCUCCUAUCAUAGAAUGUUCCAUUUUCUGAAUGUAAAGCUUGGGUAUGGGUAAUAUUAAUUGACGUUUGCAUAAUGUUACUCACCACAAAUUUAUAGAAAAAGAGCACGUUUGAAGACCAGUAAAUCUCCACACUUCUCCAAGCGUAUGCGUUGGUCGUUGCAUAAUGCCACAUAUUCGUUGUAAAUUUGAACAGGAUAUCUAAACAGCUAUAUUAAACAGACUUACACCUAUCAUCUUUGGUGGAGGAGCAUAGGGCACCCACCAGGAUUCUCUAUCGAACUCUGUCCUGGGCAGUACCUUUGAUUUCCUCCUAGUUGCUGUUCAUUCUUCUGGUGUCUGCAUAUUUUCCCUUUACCUUGAAGAUUCCAAGUUACAGCUUGACUUGUGAUGCAGUUUGGUGAUGUCCUUAGUGUGAUCUAUCCGUAUCCAGCAUCUUUUUCUAAUUCCUUUCUCAGCUAUAAACUGGUUUCUUCUAUACCGGAAUACUGAUGGUGUCUGGCCAACAGAUCUGGUGUAUCUUGCAUAGACAACUAUUGGUAAAUACCUGUACCAUCUUGAUGAUGGUUGUGUAGUUGUUAUACAAGUUUCAGCCCCGUACAGCAAAACUGUCUUGACAUUUGUAUUGAAGAUUCUGACUUUGAUGUUGGCUGAUAGUUGUUUUUAGUCUCAGAUGUUCUUCACCUGUAGGAAUGGUGCACAUUUCCUUAGUUGGACUUGGGAACUGCAGUAAUCCUGGGAUAUUAUUAAUUUAUUUAAACACAAACAUUGGUACACGGAGGCACCAAAUGCAUAUGUGCCAUAUAAAUCAUUCCAUUUGUGUGAGGGAUUGGGAUACUGCCCGUCUUCCCAAACCGAAGCAGGCGGUUUUCUAACGCGGUCACACCCGGAGCAUUUGACCUAAAGGUCUGACCCACAAGGCAAUGAAGCGACGUCAGCAGAUGCAGUCCCAUGGUAGCCGAUAACCAACGAUUGUUUCAUACGCCAUUUGUUGCCUCAACACCGUGGGGCCUAUGUGCACCAUUGGUUUAAAAACAGAGUUUUCCGACUCCCCUAGGUGGAUUCUCCGUGUCCACUGGCCCGGUCAGAGCGCCGGACAUUCGCUCUUCGUCUUCACAAUUUUAUAAAGAGCACCCUCACCGUGAAAUGGCAGUAAGUAGGACUUCUCUGGCAGUGAUUGUAUGCACGUGGCCAUGUGAUAGCAUUUCGAGGAGACAUGACUCUGCCGUACCAGGACAUUUGGGGGUCUAGGAUAACUGCAGGUGGAUAUAUAAUAGACAGACAGCUAAGUUACAUUAUGAAAAAAUGUCCCGUUAUAACCUUUUGACCUCACGUAUCACAGUUGUCCAAAGUCUGUUCGUUCCGGCUAUGAUGUUUACCACAAAGUCUUUAUUGAAUAUAUCCCGUUACAUGACUGAUAAUAAAUUAAAUGCUUAAAUCUUUUCGUUUGUGAACGUAAUAAAAAUCUUGUCAUUGAUGAGAAAUUUCAAAAGUUCCUAGGUAGAGUUAUUGCAUACCACAAGUUCCUUUUUGAUUUCAUUGUUUUUAAGUAAUCUAUGUAUUCGUUAUUAUAUUGAAAAAAGUUUGCUUUUUGUAUUCACAACUACUUGUUUCGGUACAUUUUAGCUGAUAUUAAGUCUACUGACAAAUAACACAAAACUUAUACUAUCACAGAAAUGAAUAGAGUAAUUCUGAGUCAGCAUAAAAUUACUUUACAUUCAUUACGUCAUACCCUAACUAAAAUAUCAAGAAGUUAUCAGUUUGAUAGGAACUCAAGAAGCAGUGGCUUCAGCCAGCCACCAGGGUAUAUUCCGCCACAUAUCUGGAUGAAAUCGAGACCAGAAAGGGAAGAUUUGAAAACAUCCAUAUUCGGUGUUAAUGAAAAAAAACCCACCGUGGAUGAAAAAAGUUACUUAUCACAUGCCGCUCAUGCUUCCCUAUCCGGUUUUCCUGUGACAGAGAACUUUUCUUAUGAAAUUGUUAAUAAUAUCAAUGAAAUUCCGAAAGUCGAUCAAAAACUAUUAAAUAAUCUUCAAGCUAUGGGUUUGUUUGAGCUGACACCCGUUCAAAAACAUGCCAUUGGGAUUAUGUCAGUUGAUGAAUAUGAGGAGGUUGAUGUUAAAAUAGAUGAAUCCAGUCAAAGUACAGAUGAUAAUCCUCCUUAUGAACGUGUCACUGGUAAAUUUGAUUUAAUGGCAGCUGCACAAACUGGUUCGGGUAAAACACUAGCUUAUCUUAUUCCAAUUUUCAAUCGUUUGUUGAGAGUUUAUCCAUUUGAAGCGAUGCAAUCUUUGCUCGCCUCUCGUACACGACGCCAGUAUCCCUCAUCUGUAAUUUUGGUACCAACUCGUGAGUUAGUCCAACAAAUACAGUUAGAACUACGUAAAUUAUGUAACCAAACCUUCGUUCGAUCAGUAGGUGUAUUUGGUGGUGAGCGACCAGAACGACAGAUGUUUGAAUUGAGUAAGGGAUGUCAUUUUGUAGUUGCAACUCCUGGAAGACUUUUGGAUUUCUUGAACCGUGACUGUAUAUCCUUAAAAUUCUGCAGAUCUUUAAUACUUGACGAGGCAGACCGAAUGCUAGAUAUGGGUUUUGAAGAGCAAAUACGUCAAAUUUUAGAGUCACCAAAAUUUCAAAUGCCUCCACCAACAGGGAAUAAUCGUCAAACUGCAUUAUUCAGUGCGACAUAUCCACGUGAGGUUGCUCUUUUAGCCAAAGAUUUUCUACGCGGUCCAAACUGUAUUUCUCUUACACUCAGCAGUGCUGAAUCUAAUACUGGCACUAUAGUCCCUACGUGGGGAAAAGCAGUUCGUAAUAAAAAUGAAGAUGAAUUUGAACGACUUACACGAAUAAUUCCCAAAGAAAUUAAUCAGCAGUUCCAAGUGGUUGUCGGUAAUCCUGAAUCCGCUGUACCGAAUCAUCUUUUACAGUUAAUUCUAGGAAUGAAAUCUAAAAGUUUGGAUACAUGUGGGGAAAGUGUUUGUCGAGUUCUUGUAUUCUGUAAUACCAAAAGGGAAGUUGACCAAAUUGAUAAUUAUCUUUAUUCUAACGGCAUAAGAUCGACCUCUAUUCAUGGUGAUAAAACUCAGUCUUCUCGUGCAAAAUCCUUAGAUCUAUUCCGUAAAGGAACAGUGAAUGUUCUUGUCGCUUCAUCGGUUGCUGCUCGAGGUAUUGAUAUACCCAAUGUUUUUGCAGUUAUUAAUAUUGGUCUCCCAAAUGAAUUAGAUGAUUAUGUUCAUCGGAUUGGACGAACUGGUCGUAUGGGUAAAUCUGGUGAGGCUAUAACACUUAUUCAUGAAACCUUGUUACAACAACAACAAUCAAGCAGAACAGUGUCACGUGGAAUUUGCCAACUUUUCGAAUCUGUUGGUAAUUUAGAUAAAGUCCCAAAAUUGUUGUUGGAAUAUGCCAAUAUGGAAACUGAAGAAGGGGAAGAACAAAAAUACAAUAUUCGUUCAAAAAAUAAAAACAUUUAUUCGAAAUUUAAACCUCGUUCAUUCACAAAAGGUUAUAAAAGUUAUCCACGUGAUGAUAGUUCGAUGCGAUAUUUGUAAAUAAACAUUAUAAUUCAAUCUAGCGAUAUGUAAUAUAAACAUAAUUCACAUGUAUAAUUAUAUUUGUCUUCAUUUUUUAUGCCGGAAAAAAAGUAUUGCUUAAUGUAUCAUCAUAAGUAUGGCUUAUA